CUCUCUGCUAGCGUCACCAAGGUGUUCGUCCGCUUCUCAAGGAAUAAGCAUAUUCAGCCUAGUUGCAUGCGAAUUCGCCUUUAGCUGCUGCAUGACCUCUGCAUGUCAGCCGGCGGUGCCAUCAGCCGCACCCCGCCCCUCACGAAAGUAAAGCUCACAACACUCUUGCGCUGUCUUUCUCUCAGAUGCAGUUUUCGCUAGAAGUAAUAUUUGGCUUCGGACGUGUGAUUUACCAUACUCGUCUCUUCCGCAAGGCUGCCGUGUUUGAACCCGACCGAAUUUCACUCCUACCGCUUACCACCGUCCAGCUCCCUGCGAAGCAAUGCGUCUUUUGCGACGCAGCGAUACUGGCGAGUUCAAUACCGAGGAGGUCACCUUGGAAGACCUGACAAAUGGCACUGGCAAGGAUAAGCCUGGAUACGAGAAGGUCCGGUUCUGUGGAGAGCAAACUGCACGAGACGACCUGGAAUACUUUUGGAUUGACACUUGUUGCAUUAAUAAGUCGAAUCACGUCGAACUGUCACAGGCUAUCAACUCCAUGUUUCGCUGGUACCGCAACGCGACUCGAUGCUAUGUCUAUUUGUCGGAUGUAAAGGGCUACUGCAUCGACGAUGAUCUUCAUUCACACUGGGAUUCGGAUCUGGGCACAAGCAGAUGGUUUACUCGCGGUUGGACACUCCAGGAGCUCCUUGCACCUCGUUCGGUCGAGUUCUUCUCUUGUGAGCGUAUGCGAAUAGGUGACAGAAACUCUCUAAAGCAACAGAUUCAGCAGAUAACGGGUGUUCCUGCCUCCGCGCUUCAAGAAGCUCCUUUGUCUCAAUUUAGCAUAGAGGAGCGGUUUUUGUGGAUGGAACGCCGCCAGACAAAGCUCGCAGAGAAUAAAGUUUACGCAUUAUUGGGAAUUCUAGAUGUUGAGAUCCCCCUUUACUACGGUGAAGGGGCAGGGAAUGCAUCAAAACGGGUCCGAGAGGUGAUUGAUAAGCGAGAGAGAUGUACCCAGGACUUACGCCUUACCGAUCCUCGUGACGACAAGAAGCGUAUUGAAGAUACGAAAGGUGGCCUUCUAAAGAAUUCGAAUAUCGGCUUCCUUGCAAGCGUUGGAUCAAAUGGGAAAUGA